AAACCAAGCCCUGAGUGCUCAGAGAAUGAAAUUCCCGGAGAAUCCGUGGCUGCCCCAGGCCAGGCUGGAUGGGUUUGGAGCAUCCUGGGAUGGUGGGAUGGGUGGGAUUUGUGGGAUUUGAGGUUUGUUUUCCUUCCCACCCACAGCAGUCUGGAAUUCCCAGAUCCCUGAGUGCCCAGGCUGGGAAAGGGGAGCUGGACACGGAGCUAGGACAGGGAAGGGCAGCUCCAGGGGGGAUUGAGGGGUGGAAAAUCCUCCUGGAGUUCUGGGAAUUCUUCAGUUCUGUUUAAGGAGUGUGAAGAAGGGAAAUGGAUCCGAAUUUGGGGCUGUGGGUUUCGGCAAACCCAAAUCCCUGUGGGAAUCCAGGGAUGCCCAUCGGGAGACUCUGAUUAUGAGAUGUCUUUUCCAUAAAAUUGUGGUUAAAAACUAUGGAGAAGGUGAUUCCACAGACCUGUGGGGUGUUCCUCCCUCAGAAAACCUGGAUUUUCCAGGGAAGAACACUUCAGCAGUGCAUCGUUUUUUUGGCGGAUGGAUCCCACCGGAAUCUCCUUCCGAGCGUUUUCCUGGGAUGGCAGCAUGGGAACGAUUCCUGUGGAUCCAUCAGUGGAGUUUGGGGUCGGAUCCCUGAGGAACAAGAGCUCUCCCAACUCCUGUGGUUCCUUCCAAGGAUGGGAAUUUUAUCCAGAACCUCCUGCAGAGCUCUCAGGAUUUGCUGGACCUUCCCUGAGGGUUCUUCCUUGGAAUGUUCGGGGCUGUUGUGCCCCGGCUGUGACAUCAGAGCUGCUCCCAUGGGAACAGCUCCAGGGCCUGGUGUGGACAUGGAGUGACCAGAGCCCGACCAGCUCAGACCAGCCUGGAUUCCCAUGGAUCAGCCCCAGUAGAGUUGUGCCUCCAGCUCCACAUCCGGGAGGAUUUUCCCAGGUGGAAGGAUUAGAUCUGGUGGGAUGUCAGGGACAUCCCGAAGAACCUGGAAGAUUCAUGGAAUGAUUCCAGGCGGUUCGGAGUGCUGAACCCAGACACAAAAACACCUGGAAGAUGGAGCAGAGCCCCAUCGUGGUGAUCCUGCUGUGCACCCUGUGCGUUCCAGCGGCACUUCCCUUGGGAUCGGGAUCGGAGCUUCCCUUGGAACUGGUCUCGGAGCUUCCCUUGGGAUCAGAAUCAGAGCUUCCCUCAGGAGCAGGAAUGGAGCUUCCCUCGGGAUCGGGAAUGGAGCUUCCCUCGGGAUCAGGAUCGGCAUUUCCCUUGGGAUUGGGAUCUGAGCUUCCCUUGGAACUGGGCUCAGAGAUUCCCUUGGGAUCGGGAUCUGAGCUUCCCUUCAAACCGGGCUUGGAACUUUCCUCAGAACCGCAAUCGGGAUCGGAGCUUCCCUCGGAACAGGGCUCAGAGCUUCCCUCAGGAUUGGGAUUGGAGCCACCCUCGGAACCGGGCUCGGAGCUUUCCUCAGAACCGGGAUCUGAGCUUCCCUCAGAACUAGGAUUGGGAUCAGAGCCACCCUUGGAACCAGGCUCAGAGCUUCCAUCAGAACCGGGCUCAGAGCUUCCCUUAGAACCGGGCUCAGAACCUUCCUCAGAACCGGGAUCUGAGCUUCCCUCGGAACCAGGAUCGGGCUCGGAGCCUCCCUCGGAACGAGGAUCGGGAUCAGAGCUUCGCUCAGAACCAGGCUCAGAGCUUCCGUUAGAACCGGGCUCAGAGCUUUCCUCAGAACCAGGAUCUGAGCUUCCCUCAGAACCAGGAUCGGGAUCAGAGCCUCCCUCGGAACCAGGAUCGGGAUCAGAGCUUCCCUCGGAACCAGGAUCGGGAUCAGAGGUUCCAUCAGAACUGGGCUCGGAGCCUCCCUCGGAACCAGGAUCGGGCUCGGAGCCUCCCUUGGAACCAGGAUUGGGCUCGGAGCCUCCCUCAGAACCGGGCUCGGAGCCUCCCUCGGAAGCAGGCUCAGGCUCAGCUCUUCCCCCGGGAGCAGAGUCCGUCCUGCUGGGGCUGAAGGCCAUGGUGGUGGUGAACUCCACGCCUUGCAGCGUCACCUGCGGGCUGGGCGUGCAGCAGGAGCAGCUCUGCGAGUACAGCCCGGCCGGCGAGCGCCGCAACUGCUCCCUGGUGCGCUCCCGCUGCCUCCGCGAGUGGAUCUGCGGCCUCCGGCACCUCAGCGUUCCCGAGGGAAAACCCUUCCAGCUCACCUGCCUCUCCCCGGAUGCCGCCAGCCUGGAGGGACCAAAUUUCGGCUACACCUGGAGGUUCGCCCCCGGGCUCAUCACCACCAACGACCUCCUGUUCCAUCCCUUCCGCAAUUCCAGCCCUUCCCUGCGCUUCUCGCCGGCGCUGGAGUCGCAUUCCGGCACCUACCUCUGCGACGUGCAGGUGCUGAGCUCCUUCCAGCCUGUCAAGAGGAUCUACUUCGGCCUCAGGGUGAUCCCCAGGGAUCUGGUGGAUCUCGACUUCCAGAAAUCCCUGACUUGGGAGCAGCAGCUGGCGGCCAACGGGGAGGAGCCGCCGGAAAACGCCACGGGCCCCACGGAGUCGGAGAAGCGGUGGAAUUUUUGGGAGAAGCAGUGGUUUUAUGAGGUCGUGCUGGGGGUUGGGAGUGGGGUGAUCGUGGGGAUCCUGUUCAGCCUCGGGCUCUGCUGCCUGGGCAGGAUUUGCAGGAAAAGAGCGGCACUUGAAAUGAAUGAGGACUGACGCAAUUCCCUGUCUUUGGCUCUUUGUUAGGAUCAGGAAUUCCGGAUGGGAUUCUUGGGGUUGUCCACAGUUGGAGUUUGGUGAUCCUCACCUUCCAACUCAGGACAUCCCCAUGGAUCCCGUAACUAUUUAAUGGGAUAUUUGGAAUUUAUUUGCAACAGACACAGUUUAUAAAUGAAUAUUUUCAAAGCCACUUUGGAGCCUGGAUUUGGAAUUCAGGAAUUCCGGAUGGGAUUCUUGGGGUUGUCCACAGUUGGAGUUUGGUGAUCCUCCCAUUUCAAUUCAGGACAUCCCCAUGGAUCCCAUAACAAUUUAAUGGGAUAUUUAGAAUUUAUUUGCAACAGACACAGUUUAUAAAUUAAUAUUCUCAAAGCCACUUUGGAGCCUGGAUUUGGAAUUCAGGAAUUUGGGAUGGGAUUCUUGGGGUUGUUCACAGUUGGGAGUUUGGUGAUCCUCCCAUUUCAACUCGGGACAUCCCCAUGGAUCCCAUAACUAUUUAAUGGGAUAUUUGGAAUUUAUUUGCAACAGACACAGUUUAUAAAUUAAUAUUCUCAAAGCCACUUUGGAGCCUGGAUUAGGAAUUCGGGAAUUUGGGAUGGGAUUCUUGGGGUUGUCCACAGUUGGAUUUUGGUGAGCCUCCCCUUCCAACUCAGGACAUCCCCAUGGAUCCCGUAACUAUUUAAUGGGAUAUUUAGAAUUUAUUUGCAACAGACACAGUUUAUAAAUUAAUAUUUUCAGCCACUUUGGAGCCUGGAUUUGGAAUUCAGGAAUUUGGGAUGGGAUUCUUGGGGUUGUUCACAGUUGGAGUUUGGUGAUCCUCGCCUUCCAACUCAGGACAUCCCCAUGGAUCCCGUAACUAUUUAAUGGGAUAUUUAGAAUUUAUUUGCAACAGACACAGUUUAUAUAUGAAUAUUUUCAGCCACUUUGGAGCCUGGAUUAGGAAUUCAGGAUGGGUUUCUUGAGAUCGUCCACAGUUGGAUUUUCCAACUUCCCUUCCCGCUCAGGACAUCCCGUGGAUUCCAUAAAUAUUUAAUGGGAUAUUUAGAAUUUAUUUGCAACAGACAUUUUAUUAUUUAAUAUCUUCGGCCAUUUUGGAGCCGGAUUAGGAAUUUAAGAAUUUGGGAUGGGAUUCUUGGGGUUGUCCACAGUUGGAGUUUGGUGAUCCUCCCCUUCCCACUCAGGACAUCCCAUGGAUCCCAUGGAACUUAAUGGAAUAUUUAUCAUUUAUUUUCAAUGGACACAAGUUACUAUUGAGUCUUUUUGGCCACUUUGGAGCCUGGAAAGUCAGGACAGGGCUGGAGAACCUGUGCUGGAUUUCCAGCAGGUGCUUCCAGUGGAAUUCUGGAAUGAUCCAGCUGGGAUUUGGAGCACCCUGAGCCACAGAAAACAACUCCCAGCUCCUCUAAAGAGUUUUUCCUUUACCUCAAGGUCUUUGGAGUUUUUUAAAUUUCACUUCCCAUCCUUACUCCUGUCAAAUUUCCUCGGAUUUCCUUAAAUUUCUCCUGCCUUUCCAAGAAUUCUGGGGGGAUGGAGCUGCCCCAGGUCCGGGAUGAGAGGAAUGAGGUAAUUUUGUCGUUUCCCUCUGAUCCCAGGUCUGCUCCCAGCUGUGGGGACGAGGGAUGCCCCACUUCCCUCUGGAAGUUUAUUCCAUGACAUCCUGGAAAAAGCAUUUUCUGGAAUAUUCCUGGGUCGUGCAGGGCAGGGAGCACCGGGAGGCCGGAGAUGAGAGCUGGGCGGGUUUGAUCCUCUCAGAGCUCAGCUCAUCCCUAAAAUCCUUACAGGAACAGCUCAGUGGGGGUGGGAUCUUCCAUUUUUCCUGCUGAUUAAUGAGGAUAAACCAUUGGACAAUUCCAAUGAGGAAUUCUGCAGGGAGUGGAAACCAUGGAGGGACGUAUAAAAUACCUUUUUUUCCAAUUUUCUUUCAUAUUUGCUGUUUGUUGCCUUUUCCCCUGUGAGCUACAGGGACACCCAAAUCCAGGGAAAAGAAGAGCACAGCUCUAAGGUUAAAAAUUGAAAAAUUCCCGAGUUUUUCCUUUUACCAGACCAGCACAAAAAUACUUUGAUAUCGAAAAACAUGGGUAGGGAUGGAAAUAAUUUUAUUUAUUCAAAUGAAAACCAAACCAGGCACUACCCAGAGCUGAUUCCCAGCGGGUUUUUUUCACCUCCUGAACAUGGAAAAAUCGAGAGUGACCCAUCACAGCAGGCUGGGAGUUAAUGGUCCAGAGCUGCCCCAUCUGCAGGAGCCUCUCUGCUCUUUGUCAUGGAAAUUUCCGUGUCUUGGGCCCAGCUGGGAUUCCCAAAUCCAGCGGGAUGAAAGCUCCGGCUCUGCUGGGGAAGUCGGAGCGGGAGCCAAAAAUCUCCUUCAUCUUUGGCAUGUGGGGUUUGGUAAUUUUGAGGGGAACCAGAUGCUCAGAGCAGGGAAAACGAAUCCAUAAUUGGAGUUUUUAUUUGGAGACUGAGGGCUGGGAUGGCCACCGGGGUCCAGCUGUCACAAAGGGCCUUUAAUGGGAUUUUUUUGGGGAGUACUCUUUGAUUUUUGAAGGGUUAUUAAGGAUUGGGGGAUGUUUAUCAUAACAGGGGAAGGAAGGGAGAAGGAAGGAAAAGGGAAUAGCACAGGUUGGAGCUCAGUGCAAGUAGGGAAGUAAAAACCCUUGGAAGAGCAUCCCCAUCCCUCCUUUUUCCCCUUUUUCCCUGCAAAAUCAUCUUUUCUUCAUCACUGCCCCUGAAUUCCCACCAUAAAUGGCAGGAAUUUAGGGGAAAAAAGUCUCUCUCUGCUCUGAAUUGGUGCCUGAACUCCUUUUU